AUGAUUUUGAAAAAAAACAGAAUUCUUGUGUUCUCCUUCGUGUUGGCCAUUGUGGAAUACAUUUGCACAGGAGGUAUAAACAAAUGGACAAAUUUUAUGAGUGGUCAGAACAGAAACGCAGGAAAGACACAAUAUAUGAAUGAACAAAUUGCUGAAAGUUUUAUCGAAAAAUAUUUUUCACAUUUUUCACAUUUUGUACAAUUUACACAAAUUUAUGAAAACGUCAGAAGAAAACAAAAUGGUGAAAAGAAUGACAUAUCCAAUGUUGUUGACAGCCAACCAAUGCAAACAUUUAAGUUUAGAAUGUUAGGAAGAAAUUUACAAGAAGGGGAAGUAAAUGUUGAAAGUAAUGUAAAAGAAAAUCCCAUGGAAGAUACAAACAUAACAGGAAAUUCAGAUUCUGGUGUGAACAAUGAAGAAUCAGAAGAAUCGAAAUAUGUAAAUGGUCAAAGUGAAUCUGAAACCAUUUUGCAAAAUGCAAAAUCAAAUAUAGAUGAUCCUAUAAAACAAAAAACUGUAAUAGUUAAGCCUAGCCCACUAAUUGAAGAUGAAACUGUGAAACAUUAUUUAAAUGUAUGUACAGAAAUACGUACAAAAACAUUUCCAUAUAAUAAUUGUCAAAUAUUUCAUAAUUCAACAGAAGUAACAUUAUAUAAAAAUUUAUUAGAAGACAAACGAGAAACAAGGUACGAUCUUAUUGGGUAUGGAACUCUUCAAGAUGUUUCUUUAUAUGGGUUAAGUCGAGCUCUUAAUAACAUCGAUAUAAUAAAAAAAUGGAAUAAAAAUAUAUAUACAAUUAAUUAUUUAAAGUUAAAUAAAGAAUCCAUUAUUGAAAAAUAUCAAAAUGAUGAAAAAAUUGAUCCUACAAAAUUUAUUAUAAAAAAUGAGAAUGAUAAUCCACGUGGAAAUAGAAGAUACAUUUAUCUUGUCAAUGGAUUACCAUGGCCUUUUAGAAGUCAUGAUACUGUGUACGAAUUUUAUCAAAAAUAUAUUGAAGAUCAAAAUAUGCUUUUAGUUGCAAAUAGAUCUAUUAGUGGUACAUUUAAAGACAAUUAUAGCUAUACUCGUAUACAAAAUUAUGAAAAUUUUUUCUGUUUAUAUCCCAAAAGCUCCAAUCCGUAUGAAAAAGGAUUAGACUAUGUUAUUUCUGUUUAUUAUGAUGUAAAUAUUCCAACGUUUAUUAGAAAUAAUAUACUCAGUCAAAUUUUCCCCAGUCUCAUUUUUAAUUUACAUGAAUCUUCUAAAAAAAUUACGGAAGAAGGCUUAUCAAUGACCUCUGAAGAAAUGAAAAAAAAUGAGUUACCCUUUGAAUUGAAAGAAAAUAACUCCUCUGAUACAUCAAUUGAAACACAGAAUUCAAAGGAUCUUCAAGAAGAAGACUCUCCUUCCUUUGGAUUCAAGGUUAUUCGUGUUAUAUUCAUAGACCCAUUUUAUUUCAUAUGGACAGCCAACGUUAACUUUUUUAAAAAAAUAUAUGUAAUUAUUACGAGCAUUUUUUGA